AUGGAUUCUUUCAGCUACAGGCUCUUACCUCAUGUCGUGAUACUCGCCUUGUUGCUCCCCAUCAUUACUCAAGCGCAAACUGCAUAUCAAGAGAUAUUCACUCUCGACCCUUUCUCUCUUCAACAGACAUGCGUCCAAUACUGCUUCACGACUUCGCUGAGUGGCUGCACGACCGAUGUGCUCGCUGAUGCGAUCGGAUGCCCGUACAACCCAUGCGAUGAGCCAUUUCAGGCCGUCGACGACUGCUACUGCCGUUCGGACCUCCAACCCGCGGCCGAGAGCUUCCUUACCUCUUGUAUCAAAGAGUCUUGUACGGUGGGCGAUGUUUCUGGCAAUAUAGCCAGUGCGUCUAGUCUCUACGCCGGCUACUGCACAUCAAAAGGCUUUACUGCUGCACUACCUGCGCAGAACACCGCCGAAACCACUACUGCAGGCACCUCUGGGGCCUCGAGUUCACCAGCAAGCCGAACGGGCACAACCUCCGCGGCUUCGACCGGGGCGUCAGACGGGAAUUCUACUUCCUCAACGCAAUCCUCAACCAAUAACACUCUGACUACCGCCUUGGGAGCAGUGGGAGCAGUUGCGGGAAUCGCCAUUAUCAUUGCAAUCAUUUGCUUUGUGAAACUCAGGAAGCAGAAGAAACGCUACCCGAACGGAGGGAGCGCGCCAUAUGAUGUUUACAAUCGAUCGGUAGUCGGGGACUCACCCUCUACACGCUAUCUACGCUCGCAAGUUAGCAGCCGCCUGUCCGAUGAUGCUCCAACAAUAUUUCCCCACGAAUCUGCCUCGGUCCUGGGCGAACCCGUCAAUCUUCCGCGGUACCCAGCGUCCCUCCCAAGUUUAGUUUCGACAAACAGGCCCGAUGAGUCGAGUAUCGGCACCAGGAGAAACCGUCCCCAGUUCUAG